GGGCAGGGUUAGGGAGGGAAGCAGGGCCGCUCUCCCUGCCGCCUCUUCGGAGUCUGGGUGCGUUGGUCGGGUAGUCUUUGAGGGCCCUUCGCUCCUGGGAUCGGCCCGUUACCGACCGUUGCCGGCAAGGCCCCGCGGCCGGCACCGGAGAAGGGCGGCGAGGCGGCGGGGAAGGUCGCGUCCCGCGCGGGAGGCUCGUCGUCCACGGGGCGCCCACAGAACCCACCUAGGAGAGGUCCUCAGCCCACCACCGUGUUUUCAGCCAGCUUGUUGUUUGAAGUCUGCCUUCCAACUUUCUUCGUGCGAACUCCGACAAAAGGAACGAAUUUUAAACUGGGUGGUUUAAUCAGAAAAUGCUAGGACGAGUUACUUCCCAGUUUGGAGACAUAAUUUUCUGAACUGCAAAACAAGAAGGGAACAAUAAAUUUCUGUGGCUGAUACCACGUCUAAAAGAUUAGAACACAAGGAAUUUUUAAAGAAUGACAUCAAUGCAAGCUUGAAUAAGAAAAGCAAAUUCUUCCUCCUAAGCCAUGGCAUAUCAGUUAUACAGAAAUACCACUUUGGGAAACAGUCUUCAGGAGAGCCUAGAUGAGCUCAUACAGUCUCAACAGAUCACCCCCCAACUUGCCCUUCAAGUUCUACUUCAGUUUGAUAAGGCUAUAAAUUCAGCAUUGGCUCAGAGGGUCAGGAACAGAGUCAAUUUCAGGGGCUCUCUAAAUACAUACAGAUUCUGCGACAAUGUGUGGACUUUUGUAUUGAAUGAUGUUGAAUUCAGAGAGGUGACAGAACUUAUUAAAGUGGAUAAAGUGAAAAUUGUAGCCUGUGAUGGUAAAAAUACUGGCUCCAAUACUACAGAAUGAAUAGAAAAAAUAUAGCUUUUUUAUGCCAUCUUGUUAUUCAUUGCUUUUGAAGAGAAGCAUAGAAGAGACUUUUUAUUUAUUCUAGAAUUGCAGAAAUGACUACACUGUGCUAUACCAGAGACUUCCAGUAGAAACUUAUAACUCUGUAGCCUCUUACAUCACCUUUAUUAUACAGCAUGAAAAAAAAGACUUUUUUUUAAUGACAAAAGUUGUUGCCUUCCUAAGAAUCUUCUUUAAUAAACUAAUUUUAAAACUCUUAGUAACUGGUGAAACUAUUAAGGUACAAUAUGAAGAUAAUGCGUUUUUUCAUUUCCUUUGCAAGGAACAUGAUGCUCUUUCAGAAUGCUUAAUUUCAAUAAAGUCAUGUUAGUUUUGUCAGUUGCAACUUUACCUGAUGAAAGCAUCAGCAGGGGCAAAACCAAAUUCUGGAUGGAAUUUUAUUAAGAAAAAUCCCUUGCUUCUUAAAAUACAAAACCAAAGUUAGACAAUCAUAGCAAAAACAAAACCAAAAACCUUUCGUUCUUAGACCAGGUAACAUGAGGAAGGGGGAAAAAAAAAACAACAAAAUAGCCCCACCAUAUGACAGGUAAAUUAUUUCAACUCACCAUAUUGAUCCAAAUUUCAUACAUUUUAUCAUGUACAUGAUAUAUUAGACUUUAUGCCACUGGAUUGUACUUGCAGAAAUACAGAAGUAGCAUAUUGACCCUAGGUGAGGAGUUUCUUACAUGGUUAACUGGAUUGACCCAAUUGGAGUAAAAGAUUUUUGCUGUUACCUGGAUGCUCCUGCAGUUUUUACGUCAGCAUGCCACUGCAGUCCUUGACUCUCAUGUUAAAACUUUUUGGCUAGGUACUGGUGGCUCACACCUGUAAGUAAGUAAUCCCAGUACUUUGGGCGGCCGAGGCUGGAGGAUGAGACCAGCCUGAUCAACAUAGACUGUCCUUACAACGAAAAUAAAAUUGUUUCAUCCUCCAA